AUGGAACUCAAAAAUCUAUCGAAUUCUAUGCAUCCCUUAAUCAGUUUAAAACUUUUUCACAUUUUUUAUUUCUUCAUUCUUCUAAGCAUUAUUACAUCAUCUGUUAAAUGUGCAUGUUUACAAUUAACUGAAAAUGAUCGUCCUGUAUUAUUUUGUCAAUCAACAAUACCAUCAUUACCAAUUCCAAGAAAUGAUAUUCCAGCUAAAAUUGCAAAACUUAUCAUUUCAGGAAUGAAUUCUACUGGUCAACACAAUGGGAUUUUAACACGUGAUAAUCUAACCGGUUUGGAAACAUUAACAUAUCUUCAAAUAAGUAAUUUUGAUUUAAAAGAGAUUGAAUCACAUACAUUUUCUGCUAUGGAACAUUUACGUAUAUUAGAUUUAUCAAAAAAUCGAAUAAUAACAAUUAGACCAGAAGCAUUUGCUGGACCAUCAUUAAAGCUUCUUUCACUAACUGAUAAUAAAGGAAUAAUUUUUGAUCGAACAUCAUUUCAUGGUGCUCAUGUUUUUCACUUGGCAGCUCGAAACUGUGAUUUAACUUCACUAGAUUACGAGACAAUAGCUAAGGCUAAACCGAAACAGUUAAGUUUAUCUGAUAAUAUUUUAACAUGGUUAGAUCCACAAUUCGCUGAUCUUGUCAUAGAUCCUUCAAAUUCAAAAAUUCAUCAUUUAUCAACUGUUCCACCUCGUCCUAACCUUGGCUAUCUAGAUUUGAGCAAUAAUCCUUUAAAUUGUGAUUGUCAGCUUAUGUGGCUUUCAAGGUUAGUUGAAAGUCAGUCUUACGAUGCAUAUCAGUAUGUCACUGGUAAAGAUUUAAACAAUAAUGACCACAAAAAAGAUGUUACUGAUUGGUCAAAUUCACCGACAGAAUCAUCAAUUCGUUUAAUGCAACAUAUGAAUAUGACAUGUGCACAACCACCUGCCUUAGCUGGUAAGAAGUUACCACGUAGUUGGGAUUAUUUUUGUCCAAUCCCAAGUAUAACUGGAAUUGAAAUAAAUAUGUUAAAAGCAAGUGCAGAUUUCGCUCAACUGACAUGUAUUGGUAAAGGCAGACCAACACCAAGUCUUGCAUGGACAUAUAAGAUACACGGACAAAAAGUACAGCAAAUUUUAGACCCUUCAGUUAAACAAGGUUCCAAUGAUCAAUAUUUUAUGCAUUCUAAUAGUCAAUCAUCUUUGAAUAUAUUACCAGGGAACAAAAUGAUUGAACGAAAACUUGCAUUAAAUGUAAGUUUGAAUUCAGUAAAUAUUGAAAACUUCACAUGUACAAUAUGGAAUAAUGAUGGGAUACCAUCAAUAUCUUCAGUAUCUACUACAUCAUUGACUUCUUCCGAGGGUAUUGUUAACCCAUUUAAACCUACAUCCCUAAUUGUCCCAACAUCUGAUAAUCAUCAAACCAAAUUUCAAUAUUAUAGGCUUCAUGAAGUUACUGUACGUGUGUCUGGACCUCUGAGACCAUCUGAAUUCAUUAAUCCUGUAAUAAUUGGUGAAUCUUCAAGUUUGGACAGUCGUAAGCAACAUGCUCCGAAAGAUGACAAUGCUGAAGUUUCAAUGUCAUCAUUGACCACAACUUCACAGAUACUUGAUAAACAGAUAACAAAUUCAUUACAAGAGGAAAGUAAAGAGACAUAUGGUUAUUUGUUCAUAAAAAGAUUUACAUUAUUAGAAUUACUCGGUGCAGUUAUAGGAACAUUUAUUGCCACUUUAGCAUUAUUAUACUUGGCGACAAAUUGUUUUUCCUGGUUUUGUCAAAUCAAUAAUCAUUUAUCAGCAAAAAAUCUACGUAAAUCACAUUUAGGAUCGCAUAGUAAAUGGUUUUCAUGGAUAAAUAGUAGCAAUAAUAAUAAUGGUCAUUUGUUGAGAGGUAAUAAGCAUCAAUCAGCUAUGAAUAAUAUUGGAUCACAUCAUUUGAAUCAAAAUGGGAAUAGUUUAGAUGCUAAACUGUUACAGCGUGAGGAUGUAGAAACAACAUGUACUACAUUUGCUGAUAUGGUGUUAGCAACCACUACUCCAAUGCCAUCACAGUUUGGUUCAACAACUAUAUCGGCCCGUAGACCCAAUAUACCACAAGCUUUGUUACUCACAACUGUUCCAAACCCUCGUCUAGAAGCGAAUUCCACACCGCCACCGAAUCCAGCCUACUGGCCAAUGCCUGAAUACGCUUAUUCAGGGGCAGGAAGCCAUGAAUAUGAUGUACCCAGACCGUUAGAAACAUUUGUUGGUGAAAGGUGUAUUCUAAAACCUGGACUGACAGAAAAUAACAGUUUAAAUCCUAGUGCAGCACAAUCGUUUCUUAGCCUGGCUGCCCAAUCCUUAUUCCCCAUAAAUGGUACCCAGUUAAGUCGUAACGAUGUCGGAAAUCAGCCAAAUAAUGGAAUCUUUCAAACUCCCGCAAAUAUUACACCUCUAACUAUGCAAUGGACACAAACAAUGAAUCCAAUAAAUAAAACAUUGACAAUAAAUCCUAUCAUUUCAUGGCAACCGAAUUUAGUCGGUUCACAUAAUUCAUCUUUACUGACUGAUAGACAAACACAAAACAGUAGUUAUACUAAUCAACCAUCAACACAAUCAAUAUUGUAUUCUGCAGAUUAUCCAACCUAUUUACAAACACGUCCAUAUCCGCAUCAUAAAGAGCAGAGCCUACAACAACAACAACAGUUGAUUGAACUUAUGACGAAUUCUACUAGAAAUUACCAAUCAGAAAACUUUAUGAGCACGCCUAUGGAUAUGCUUAAUAGUCAUGAUUUGCCAAGAAAAACUACCACUUGUACACCAGAAAAUAAGGCUCAAAUAAAUGGAACCAAUAAUUAG